UUCAAGACCAAGUUUGGAAAUUUACAAGCUGAGCUAGCCAGAUCAAGGUAAACAAUUUUGUUGACUUUGUUGACUUUGGGUAGGUGAGUCUGCUGACAUUAUUUCCGAAAACUUUGGCAGUUUUGCGCCAGUUACAACAUCCUUUGUUAGGCGACUGUAAAUGUUUCUCCUGCUUUUGGUUCUGAAAGAUCACCUGAGCUUAGUCUUUCUGCAAUUCACAUGCACAUUCCGAUUUACCAAGCUAUGAUAUUUAUACAAGUUCUGAAAAAUAUGUGUUUUGUAGUAUGUUUCGUUGCGUUGUUUUGUAUAGCUUUUUAAGUUUUAAAUUCAUGUUUACUGAAAAUCUCAAAGUAAAGUAGUAGAAAACGAUGAAGCCUUCACGCUGCUUUAAGAAAACAAAACGAAUUUCAGAGACGAAGCUUUGGCGAGGAGUAAGGUUUUGUUGAGAACUGUCCUUUCAAAACGUUUUUACGUUCUAUUUGCAGGAAAAUACAGGACGCCUUAGAAAAACACAACAGAGAAAACUUCAAGAAAAGAAAUGAGGAGAAGAGAAAAGUAGACGAAGCAACUGAAAAAGCCAAAGAACUUAUGAGGGUAAUUUAAUUUGUUCAAUUUGUACUUAUUACCAUAUGCCAUGUAGGAACCUAUUUAGGCUAACUUGAGAAAAUGCAGAUUGUUUCUUGCGGGUUUUUAAUGUACCGUCUGUAGUACCGCGGUUAGGUUAAAACACACUUUAUUCACGACCGUUACACUCCGAACUCAGAACGCUAACCGACCCGAAUAAAUUACAACACACGCUAUCUAUAGUACAUGCAAAUUACGUAAUCCCCGAGUGUAUCACAUCACAUUCAUUCUCUCGCUUCUACGCGCUUGCAUUAGCAUCGUAUACACUACACCGUCGAACUCCGCUUAACGGACACCAGCUUAAAACGCUCACAUCGUUACUACAAAUACCGUAAAAUUCCGAAAAUAAGCCCCUCCAAAUAUAGGCGCCCCAAACUUGUAACGCAAAAAAACCGUCCGUUAAAUCGUCCCUCCAUAUAUAAGCCCCCCGGUGGCUUGUACUUGGAAAUUGCCCCCAAAUACAAAGUAAAACAAAGCAAAAACGGUAAAUUUCCUUCCAACUGUAAGGUUAGCCCAAUCGAUUUUGAAACGCAUAUUUCCCUCCAUAGAUAAGUCCCUCCAAAUAUGAACCCCUCCAAAAAUAAGCCCCUCAAAAUGGGCCUUUGAAAAAUAUAAGCCCCGGGGCUUAUUUUCGGAAUUUUACGGUAGUUUGCUUUGUCCUUGGGGAAAGGAAGGUCUUACAUUUUCACUAAGUUUCACCCGCUUAAUACGGACACUCUCUAUGGCCCCCUGAGGGUCUGUAAUAAAGGGGUUUAACUGUAAUUAAAAUUACUUGGCAGGCGAGUCGAAUGACGAUCAGCAAACUUGCAAGCGACGUGGCAGAGAAUCACUGGGAAACUAAAGGAAUGAAACACGUUUUACAGGCUGAGAUGGACUAUAACCUAAUGACAACGCAAAAGCUAGAGAGACUCAAGGUACAAAAUAUUUCCUUACUAGGGGGUGGGUGGUAACAAGUUUUUGGUGCAGAUGUUUCUAAUGCCCAGAGAAAUGAAUGGUUCACCCCAUUCUCGAUAUUUUAUCCCAAAACGAAAUUGGGGAGCGGCCAUUAACGGGAACAAGUCUGUGAAGGCAACUGUUUUAGGGAUUUGGUUUUAGCCAAAGAUUUCAACCCAAGCGACCUUUGAGGACUGCAGAAAUAUAGCCAGCUCUCCCUUAAACAGACACUGACUUAUGGGGCAGACUACCCCUCUUUGAAACGCACCCUAGACUUGAAAGCAGUCAUUCUUGAAGGCAGUUCUUCAGUCAUUUUCUUCAGUCAUUUUCAUUUUAACAGGCAAAACAUAGAAAGCUAAUACCGAGAACACAAUUAAUUUAUCUUUCAAAUCUGCCUUCAUGAUCCUUGCAGAAACAAUGAACUCUUAAUUCAAUGGUUUAUUCUUGCUCCCACAAAUAGUAGCUCCACCAUUCGAUUUUAUUAAACAACACUCAACCAACAACCCUUUUGAUUCGCUUUAAAGAAAGGGCUUGCGCUUGGAAUCUUAGCUUGUUUUAUUCUCUAGGGUGGCCUAGUUACUUUAUCAUUCAUGUCGUUAAAACCGAACUUUCUGUAUGUUAUUCCCCUUAUUGACUUAACUUCACUUUUCUUCGGAAAACAACCUCUAUUCAACUGCCAACAAUGACCGCGUUAAUGCGGACUAGAAAGCCAGGAUCUUGUAACAGUACUUUGUUCCUUUGAUAGGAAUCAACAGCUCGACAAAUGGAAGAUAUGGCAAUAGAGCUAGACACUCUGAGACGCUCAACGUACAGAUGACAAAAGUAAAGCUAGUGAAACAACUCCCGCCACUUCAAAAUCGUCUCUUCAAACUAGAUCUCUCUCGAAAAAUACCCUGGAGUCGAGGUUGGCAAAUCCUGUGAGUUGCCAUUAGAAACAACAGCCUUAUGGCUCAAUAGUUGAGUUUUGGUGCUCAUUUACUUGAUCUUCUGGCUUCUCUCGUAAGACAUGCUACUAUAACUGUACAGCUGGCUAUGAACAAGAGCACCGAAGAAAAGUGAGAACUAGAAAGGUGUUUGAACGAGUCAUGUAUUGUAAGAAGAUUUAUUUAUUCAAUGGUACAAAAAUAUGUUUGUACAUAUGAUUUUGUAUUUGUCUCAGACUCCACNUCUCUAGGGUGGCCUAGUUACUUUAUCAUUCAUGUCGUUAAAACCGAACUUUCUGUAUGUUAUUCCCCUUAUUGACUUAACUUCACUUUUCUUCGGAAAACAACCUCUAUUCAACUGCCAACAAUGACCGCGUUAAUGCGGACUAGAAAGCCAGGAUCUUGUAACAGUACUUUGUUCCUUUGAUAGGAAUCAACAGCUCGACAAAUGGAAGAUAUGGCAAUAGAGCUAGACACUCUGAGACGCUCAACGUACAGAUGA